GUCCUCAUAAACCCUUCAUCUGUACGAAGUCAAGGAUCAGUGGGAGGACCCGCAAAUACGAUUAGACUUACAUCCAGGUAAAUCAGACCAGGACGCAGUUGACGUGAACAUAGGAUUUGUACGUGCUGGUAUUUUCAUCUCGCACCGUAUGAUUAAUCAUCUAUCUACGUAACAUAAUGAUCGUCUUCAACCCGACCACAUAUCCCAAUUUCCUGCAAUUCCUCCAGCUCAUUCCCGCCAUUCGCAUUCUUCAAACUGAAAUGACGUUCAGCGUCUGCAGAGACUCGGGCCUUUUUGAAUGGGGUGGUAAAAUUUUGGCAACCUUGUUCUGCCAGCCGUCACGUCUUCUAGAUCCCGACAUGUGGCGAUUAAUCUAUGAUGUGCUCAGGUUCGAUGCCUGUGCACGAUGUCUCGUCUCCAACGAGGCCCCUUCCGACGAUUCAGACUUGUGGACAGGAGAUUACCUUGAUCGAGAAGGAUACUCUUUCCGGGAUAAUUAUUUGAUUCCUGUGAUGGCUGCGAUAUAGAGUACAUCACCUGAGCAGUGCCUUAUGAACAUCCCUGCUCGGACUUUGGUACAAUUCAUGAACAAUCGCCGCCUUCUACAGAUUACGAGUAAGCUGUCGUGGCUUACUAUCAAAGGUAGCAGGUCAUGCAUUUUUACAAUAG